AUGACUUCGCCUGCCACCGCGGCGCCUUAUACGCGCGCCGUGGUCAAUGCCAUGCGCAAGCUCUAUCCGGAGGUUCUGGCAGACAAGAGCUUCGACAACACGGGCUUACUCCUCGAAGCACCUUUCGAUCCCGUCCGCCGCCAGAUGAACUCGGUCCUCCUCACCGUCGACCUCACCAAAGCCGUCGCCGACGAGGCCAUUGAGCGCCAAGAUUCGAUUGUGGUCGCAUAUCGUGCCGUAGAUCCCAUCAUCUUCAGAGGCCUCAAGAGCUUGACAUUGAAGGACACCCAGCAGCAGAGUCUGCUCCGACUGGCAGCGCAGGGUAUCAGCGUAUACAGCCCGCACACGGCCAUCGACUGCGCACGGGGCGGGCUAGGCGACUGGCUCGCGGACAUCGUCACAGGCACACCCACCGACCCGUCUGAACUCGAAGACCUCACCGAUGGCGAAGCGAAUGAAUCCCCCGAAAAGCAGACCCCAGCGGAAACGCCCCUCGAUGGCGGCGACGACAAAUCUUCCCUCCAGGCGCCCAAGCGCCCAGUCUACAUGCUGCAGCACCACCCUUCGCAACUGACCCUCCACGAGCGCGCGCUGAAUCUCGGCAAUCACCAACAUCAGCGAUACCCCAUCCAACGGACGAAAGUCGAAGGAUAUCCAGGCGCUGGAAUGGGUCGCAUCAUCCGUCUUUCCGAACCAGUGCCCUUGACGGACAUCAUCGACAGGAUAGGUCUGGGUCUGGGCAAUCCCAAGGGCUUCCCGAUCGCAGUCCCUCAAGACAAGCAGGCGAGCGACAUGAUGAUCAGCAGCAUCGCGCUGUGUGCAGGAUCUGGUGGUCACUUAUUCCAAGAGAUGGAAGCCAAUGGCGAGGAUGUCGACCUGCUCUUCACGGGCGAGCUGUCGCAUCACGAGGCGUUGGCGGCGAUUGAGAAGGGCAAGUGCAUCAUCUGUCUAUUCCACAGCAACACCGAGCGAGGCUUUUUGCACAGUGUGCUGAAGGGGCAGCUGGAGAAGACGGUGAAGCAGGAGUGGGAGAAGAUCCGCAACGAGGAGAAGAGCGCCUUGCAGGACGAAAACAGCGCCACCGACGAGUUCAUGGAGGCUCUGGAUGACGAACACGUCGAGGUCCAUGUCAGUGAGGUCGACCGAGAUCCUUACGGCAUUAUGAUCUCCAAGGCCGAAAUUUAA